GAAAACAAGAAGAAGAAGAAGAAGACGAAGAAGAAGGAUGAUGAUGAUGAUGAUGAUGAUGAUGAUGAAAGUACUUCCGGGUCAGCUGUGAUUGGAUGACGUUCCUGGAGAGUUUCGGGGUUUCCAGCUGCUGUUUGACCAAACUCACCGACAGUCGGAAGUGUGUGACUGCGUGCUGCGACCUUCACCCAUCAGGUGACCUGCUGUCUCACUGAGCGCGCUCAGUAGGGGGUUCCCCUCCACACACAGAUUACGGUUCUAACACACACGGAUCCAAUCAGACCGCCAUCAUGGUGUUAGCCGACCUGGGCAGGAAGAUCACCUCAGCACUGAGGUCACUCAGCAACGCCACAAUCAUCAAUGAGGAGGUGUUGAAUGCCAUGUUGAAGGAGGUGUGUGCGGCUCUGCUGGAGGCUGAUGUCAACAUCAAACUGGUCAAACAGCUGAGAGAGAAUGUCAAGUCUGCCAUAGAUUUGGAGGAGAUGGCUUCAGGUCUGAACAAGAGGAGGAUGAUCCAACACGCCGUCUUCAAGGAGCUCGUCAAGCUGGUGGACCCUGGCGUGAAGGCGUGGACUCCAACCAAAGGAAAGAACAAUGUCAUCAUGUUUGUCGGUCUGCAGGGCAGCGGAAAAACUACAACCUGCUCCAAGCUGGCCUAUUAUUACCAGAGGAAAGGCUGGAAGACUUGCCUGAUCUGUGCUGAUACCUUUAGAGCAGGCGCCUUUGACCAGCUUAAACAGAAUGCCACCAAAGCCAGAAUCCCCUUCUACGGCAGUUACACAGAGAUGGACCCGGUGGUGAUCGCUGCAGAGGGAGUGGAGAAGUUCAAAGGCGAGAACUUUGAGAUCAUCAUCGUGGACACGAGCGGUCGACACAAACAGGAAGACUCGCUGUUCGAGGAGAUGUUGCAAGUCUCCAACGCUGUGCAACCAGACAACAUUGUGUAUGUGAUGGAUGCAUCGAUCGGUCAGGCCUGUGAGUCUCAGGCGAAAGCCUUCAAAGACAAAGUGGACGUGGCGUCUGUGAUCGUCACCAAACUGGACGGACACGCCAAAGGAGGAGGAGCUCUGAGCGCCGUUGCAGCCACCAGGAGUCCCAUCAUCUUCAUCGGAACAGGAGAACACAUCGACGACUUUGAGCCGUUUAAAACUCAGCCGUUCAUCAGCAAACUGCUCGGGAUGGGAGACAUCGAGGGUUUGAUCGACAGAGUGAACGAGCUGAAACUGGACGACAACGAGGAGCUGAUCGACAAACUGAAACAUGGUCAAUUCACCCUUAGAGACAUGUACGAGCAGUUCCAGAACAUCAUGAAGAUGGGCCCCUUCGGACAGAUCAUGGGGAUGAUUCCUGGUUUUGGCACCGACUUCAUGAGUAAAGGAAAUGAACAGGAGUCGAUGGCACGACUGAAGAAGCUGAUGACCAUCAUGGACAGCAUGAACGACCAGGAGCUGGACAGUAAAGACGGAGCCAAGCUAUUCAGUAAGCAGCCCAACAGGAUCCAAAGGGUCGCCCGGGGAUCAGGCGUCGCCACCAGAGAGGUCCAGGAGCUGCUGACUCAGUACACCAAGUUUGCCCAGAUGGUGAAGAAGAUGGGAGGGAUCAAAGGCCUGUUCAAAGGAGGAGACAUGUCCAAGAACGUCAACCCGUCUCAGAUGGCCAAACUCAACCAGCAGAUGGCCAAAAUGAUGGACCCUCGAGUCCUGCAUCACAUGGGUGGUAUGGCAGGUCUCCAGUCAAUGAUGCGUCAGUUCCAGCAGGGAGCUGCCGGCAACAUGAAAGGCAUGAUGGGAUUCAACAACAUGUGACCGCUGACCGACCAGCUGCCUUAACACAUGAGAUACUUCAAAUGAUAGCUCCGCCUCCUGACAGGUGUAGGGGCGGCGCUUAGAGAGUGAGGGAGCAGCAAGUGAGGAGAGACAAAAUAAAAACAGGAUGUUUGUUUGUCCAUGACUGCUUUUCACUGGAAACAAAGAUUUAGAAAAACACCCGAACAUUUAAAGGAGCUUUCCGUCACUGCAGGAAGCUGCUGCUUCUUCUGUUUCCUUCAGGUGUUUCAGAGAGAAUCACCUGAAACACCUGACUGAAGUGUGGGACGGCUCCUUUAAAUGAUAAAGAGGAGGAGGAGGAGGAAUUGGGUGUUUCUUGGCCUUGUUUAUUUAAUUCUGUAUGUUUGUGUAUAAGAUUUCCGCAGAGUCUGUCCUGAUUGGAUGAGGAGACACCACCUGAUGAUGAUGAUGAUGAAGAUAACAUUAGUUAGUGACAGUAUUUUUGUCAUAUAAUAAACAUUUGUAUUGCACCAUUUUAAA